AUGGCUGAACACUCAGCACGAUGCAAUUGCCAUUGUGAUCUCCAUUGCUACCUUAGGCAACCAAUACCAGGCCAAUCGGAAGAAUUACGCUUUCCCAAGAAAGUGUCCUACUACGAAGUAGACGUCCGUCAAGUUUUCGACGUGCUAAACAAGAUUGUGGCGCUCAGUAAGGUCCAGAUGAUCCGAGACCGAUACAUCACUCCAGACUCCAGCUACGACGCAAUUACCCAUAUGUUCCGUUUGAAAAUGAAAGAUGAUGCUAAUAUGCAGGCACAUUUAGCGGAGAUGAUGUACUUGUUGACGAGACCCCAUCGGGUAGAAUACGAGUACGAGUCUAGGGCCAGCUCUGGUUCUGAUUCUAGCACAAGUACCGGCUCUGGUACUGCAUCUGGUUCUGGUUCCGGUAGCGCGACCGAGUCUAGUGUUCGUUCACGCUCUGGCACGCGCCACAGCUCUAGCACGCGCCACAGCUCUGGCACGCGCCACAGCUCUGGCACGCGCCACAGCUCUGGCACGCGCCACAGCUCUGGCACGCGCCACAACUCUCGCACGCGCCACAGCUCUGGCACGCGCCACAGCUCUGGCACGCGCCACAACUCUCGCACACGCCACAGCUCUGGCACGCGCCACAGCUCUGGCACGGGCCACAACUCUGCCACGCGCCACAACUCUGCCAGGCGCCACAGCUCUGGCACGCGCCACAGCUCUGGCACUCGUCACGGUUCUGAUGCCCGCUACAACUAUAGCUCCAGUUUCCCCUACCGUCACGGCUCCCGUUAUAGCUGCGGUGCCCGCUAUAGCUCACGCUACGGCCCCGACUCACGCUACGGCCCCGACUCACGCUACGGCCCCAACUCACGCUACGGCCCCAACUCACGCUAUGGCCCCGACUCACGCUACGGCCCCGACUCACGCUACGGCCCCGACUCACGCUACGGCCCCGACUCACGCUACGGCCCCGACUCACGCUACGGCCCCAACUCACGCUAUGGCCCCGACUCACGCUACGGCCCCGACUCACGCUACGGCCCCGACUCACGCUACGGCCCCGACUCACGCUACGGCCCCGACUCACGCUACGGCUCCGACUCCCGCUAUGGCUACGACUCCCGCUAUGGCUACGACUCGCGCUAUGGUUACGACUCCCGUUAUGGUAACUCGGACAGCCGCUACAGCUACGGCACUCGCAACGCUUCCCGCCGCGGUUCCGGCACCCGUAAUGACUAA